AUGAAUGCGUUGCGCUUCUGUAAAUCUUCAAUGGCUCCAUUCUUCUACAUGCUGCUGGCAUCGGCUGCUCUAUUGCUGUGGUGCAGCCAGCUUCUUGAUGCGAGCACAGAAAUUUCUAUCUCAUCUCCAAUCAGCCAGAGCAGGCGGACCCUGAUUGACUUGACGUGGGUUCAAGAGAACCAGGGCCAGUUGCAUGAAGCCUUUGCUUUGUCACGAACUUCGUGGCCAUUUCCCAAGAACUGGAAGCCCGAACUUGACUUCGAGGGUUUGCUUGUUGCAGGUCUCAAUAUCUCUCAAAACUCGACCCAGGAGUUAACGAAUGCAAACACGCUUUGGAUCUUCUGCUCUGGACAGUACGAUGAAUGCGCAUGCUAUGGCAACAUUCGGUGGGGUGUGUCAGGACGCUGGGUCCAUGUCCACGCCUCUAGUUCAAGUGUGGCGAAUCGUGUGGCGUGUCAAUUGGGCAAGAAAGCAGGAGGUCCAGAUUUGACGGAUGUAAGUCCAGGAGAUGAUUCCAAACACUGCGAGUGCCAGGUGAAUACAGCCAGCUACUUUUUUCGUUGCAUCAAUGUCUUGGCACUCCCAAAAGAACAGCGCAAAAAGCUGCAAUUGGAUGAGGGGUCAAACUGCAACAUGUUCACGGAAGACAUGUCUCUGGCUGGGCAGCAGGCUUGGAAAGGUGUUGCCGGCAUUUGCAAUUCAAGCUGGAACGAAAGACCAGCUGGAGCUAAAGCGCUGCCUCCGAAGAAGUUGACUGCCGCCAUGAAGACCUAUGUGUUUUCAACCUUCACUUCAAACUACAAGCGCUUGUAUGUGAAUGGAUGGUUGAAACGUGGAUUUGUGAGCUAUUUCAGUGGUCCAUUGGAAGGAGCUCAAUCUCAAGCAAUGGAACUUCUCAUAGAAUCAGUUCAUCGCUUUUCCGUGUAUCCAAUUGUUGUACUACAUUCAGGAAUGGCAACGCCUUUACACUGGAAUCCGCAAGUCUUUCCGCGCUUGGUUUUGCUGAGCGUUGCAGAGGUCCCCCUUUUUAUUGGUCACAGCACCACUCUUUUGCUUUCCGCCGUGGUUAGCCACGUACAGACAGGGAUUUUGCUGAAUUACAACGCAUUGGUAUUUCCAGGUAUAGAUCGUCUUUUCAAAGCUACUGAACUCGAGAUAAAUGCGGCAUAUCCUUAUCCCAUUAUGCCUGCACAUUUCAUGGACAAGAAGGCUUCAGAUGGAGGAAAUUUUUGGGCCCAUGUGCAGGUCCCUGGUUCCUCAAGACAAUCAAUGCGCUGGAGUCAGUUUGGCUUAUUUUGGACCACUCAGGCCUUACCAUUUCUUGCCACUCUGUUGCGUGGACUUCUACGGGACGAGACUUAUGAGGCAGAGCCACCAUAUGAAGCGAUCAAGAUGAGAAGCCUGCAUGACAUCGAAGCGGCCAUGAAUGUGGCUCUUUGGAAGGUGGGUGCCAACAAGCAGUGGUGCAAGGUGGAUUCGCCCGAUCUGAGCGAAGUGGAGGAGUGGCUCAAGCUACCGGAAAAGGGUUCCAGUUGCGGCGAUCGCGAAGAGUCCAAGGAGAGUCCAAGGAGUCCACGCAUUGCAGUCACAAAGUGUCCUUUGGAGUCAUUGGAGGUUCUCAUGAUUGUGGAUAUUCUGGACUUUGAGAGCUCCUUGGUGUCGCUCGAACCUUAUGCCAUUUUGGCUCAAGAUCGAUCCAGACUGGCCAAUUUGAUCUCGGGCCUGGGCAGCUACGAUCAAGGCCGCAGAGGUCAAGGUGGACAAGGAGGUCGUGGUUGGACUCCAGCCUAUAGUUCUGGUGGCUAUGGGGCAGGGUCGAAUGCACACAACCCUUACGAAGUUCAGAUGCCUAGGUUCUUGGAGGCCAUCACAGACGCAACCCAUGCUGAAGAUCAAUCCAUCAUCGUGGUGGAUAAAAGGGACGAUCGCAUUGUGUCGCCGUUCCAGUCGUGGUUGGUCUCCAAGAUCAUGAGCAAUGCGGCCAGCUCAAUCAACGUCAUGACCGAGCGUGAUCAGGUCAUGCCACCCAACUCGGGGUUCCAUGUGGCUCUCUUCGGCAACUACACCUUGGAUGGUAUCAAGGUGGUGAUCGCCAUCUCGAUCGAGAGCAACACUGGCAAUCCUUGCGCUGGGUGGGACGAGAGCACAGCUCGUGCCAACAAUCGCAUCGACUUGAAGUGCUCGAGAACUUCUGUGCCUGGCACGUGGCUCACGGUGUCACACAUUUCAGGGCCCACUCUGAUCAGGACCAUCACUUCGGUCCGUGAGAACAGAGCCAGAGUAGAAGGUCCGGAACAGACAGAGCAGUUCGCUCAGCUGGCAGCCAUCCAUGAAGGCUGGUGGUCAAGCUCCGUUGCAGAGGAUGAGAGCCAGGUCGGCAGCUUGGUCAUCUUUGCGGAGGACCUGGAUCAGGGCAAUUUCCACCUUCAAUCCAGGUCGAAGCUGUUGGAGAGGGAGUCUGAGAUCGUCCCCAGUGCAGCUCUCGCAGAAAUGCAGCAUGCCACAUCAACACCAGCUCCAUCAGGGCCUCCAGCUCUGACAGCGGGCGCAUGGCUAUCUGGUCAGGCUGAGAUGACGGACGUUCCAAGCAGUUCACAUGGUGAGGGCACUUUGGUCUCCGUGAACAAGCAGAUGGGGCUUGAGCUCGACGAGCGAUCGCUCCAGGUUCGACAUACCAACCAAGGAGAAGGAGGCCAUGCUGUCAACGAUGAUCGUGAUCGUGCCAGGAUGGAUCGAAGGUUUGCAAGGUCCACAUCCUUGCUCACACCUCAGAUCUUCGCAGAGACGAUGGCCAAUCGUGUGUACAACACUUCCACGGCCACGAUCGAGGAGGUGGAGCCUGAACCCAAGGGGGCGGCGGUUCAUCCGUCGAGGGUGCCUGACAGCACCCCCGCGCCCGUGUUCACAGCGCCGGCUGAGACGGUUCAGAACACCACUCCGAGCUCUACACCGGCGGCAUUGAAGCCAGCGUCUACAGAAGAGGUGAGAGUUGUGUUCGACAGCGAGAUCCUCAGAUCUGCGCGCUGUUGCCUGGGAGAUCGCAACGGGACCUCAGCUCUUGGAUCAAGUGGCAUUGAGGGUUUUGCGCUAGAUGAUGAUGCUGCAUCUCCCGAUGAAAAGUUCUCAUCUUUCUUACCGGCUCUGACCGCCGAUGACCAGGUGAUCAACGCGGCUCUGCUGCGGCUGGACAUGGUCAACCUGCUGGCAGACAUGGUGUCCCGCUCAGCUAAGCGGGUGCAGGAGGAGAUAGCCACUGAUCUUGGCUACGGGUCAGCUGAGCCGCCGCGGACUGGUGGCAAGCGCUCGCUGGACCACGUGGUGCACCGGGCUCCCGUGCCUUUGCAGGUCGGUAAGAAGCCAGGAGGUGCUGGCUCUACGGAAGUCAUCCCAUCUAUCCAGGACUCCGAGUAUUUGGAGCGGAAGAGGUGGGGCCUGCGGCUCAAACAGAUCUGUGAGCGCGCUGGGGCCAGCGCAGGCGUGAAUGAUCCCUCACGUUGCAUUGGUCUGGCACCGGCUGAGGCAGAUCGUCUCAAGCAGUUAGCUUUUGAAGCAGGCGGCUUCAGAACGAUCAGGCAGAACGUGAGGCAUUGGGAGAAGUUCGACGAGUGGGCGACUUCUCACGGUCUUCGGGUUUACCCGCCCACGAUCGUCGCAGUGAUGCGCUACGCUCUGCAUUUGAAGGAUCAGGGUUGCGGGCCGGCAGUGCUCCCAUCGUUCAAAUAUGCGGUGGGCUGGAUCUGCAAGCGCCUGGCGAUGUUUUGCCCCGAUCUGGGCGAAGCGCGCCUCAAGGCUGUGAUCGACCAGGUGCACCUUGAGAAGGGCAAGGAGCUCAAAGAGGCCGUUCCACUGCCGCCGCAGUUGGUGCUGGCUCUGGAAGCUUUGGUCCCCCGGCUCGUGAACCAGGGCAAGACCGCCGCCGCGAUCACGGCAUGGUGGGCCCUCAUUUUGAUCUAUGCAUCCCUCAGGUUCGAUGAUGGCGUACACGUUGCUCCAUCGUCCCUGGUAAUGUCAGGUGAUGCCCUGCUCGGCGUGGUUUGGCAAACCAAGGUCGAGCGGAAGAGGAGAGGCACACGGUUCGCUGUGCCAAAUUGCUCCCUCUCCGGAAUUGAGUGGCUGAAGAUCGGUUGGGAUCUUUUUCAACCGAUGAUUUCUGACAGGGAUUAUUUUAUAUGGGAGCUCAAGAAUGAGAAGGAGUUCACUGAGGCCCCCAUCACCUACUCUCGUAGUCUAUCCUGGCUGAAAAGUUUCUUUUUGCUGGGUCUCAUGGAGGCGAAGGUGUUGAACCUCGUUCAGCUCAACGAACUGGAGACGGCUGAAAAGGCGGUGCAAGAGAUCACAUGGCACUCGAUGAGGGUGACCAUGCUCUCAGAGGCCGUCAAAGCUCAGGUCGACGACAAGAUCGUGGGCUUGCAAGCCAAUUGGAAAGACCCCAAGCAGCUGGUGCUCAAGUAUGCCAGAAGCCGCAAGGAGCUCUCAGUGGCGAUGGUUAAAGACAUGGCCUCGAAGCUCCGCGAAGACUGGGUUCCUGAUUCCAAACAGUUCGUGAUCGAAGAGGAGGACGAGGAGGUUCAAGGUCUUUUUCCUUUCGCCAGCAUGGUCGAUCGCACGGUGUAUGCCGAUGAGGCGCACACACCGAAGAUCGCCCUUCGCCAGAUCUUUGGCAGGCUGGGGCUGAGCUCAGAUUUGUGCAGGGCAUCGGCGGACGCCGGGCUCUUAUCCGUUGAAGUUUUCGCCAUGCUCGGCGAUGCGGCAGGUCCUGUGAAAACGUCUCUCCAGACAUUGCUUCCAACUGAUGCUCUUGGGGCGAACGCCGCUGCACAGGAGCUAUCGCUGAUGCAGCUGGCAGCCGUGGGGCAUUCAUGUCAUGCGCUGCAAGGCCAGUUCGCCACGAGAAGAGCUCAAAUGGAGGACCCGAACAAGGUUCCCGAGAUGGCCCAAGAAGACCACGCGGAAUUCCGCUCCAGGUUCGUGACGGCUCACCCCGACGUGAUCCUCCUGGAUGCCAAGGAGCCGCACAAGAAGUUCGUUGAGAAGCUCAGCAGAGAUUUCCUUGUUCACGGCAUGGUUCCAUUUUAUGCCGUGGCAGAGAUCCGCACCAGGGCAGAUAGCAUUGUUCAGAAGUCAGGUCUGUCAAAGAACGCUGAGGAUCUCUUGACGAUCUCCAAAGCCGAAGAACCUGAUCAGGUGACAGACGUGCAGACCCUGCUACAUCGAGUUCAUGCGCUGUUUAUAGCUCUGGAGUUUUUGAACAUUUGCACGUAUUCACGUGCUGCAGGGCCUUUGAAAUACAUGCAGGAGCUCGAGCAGUUCAAAGCAGAGUGCCCAGGUCUUCCUUAUCUCCUGGCAGCCGACUCGCUGGUCCGCAAGAAAGUGCACCGGCUCCAGGCUGAACAACGCGAGCUCUACAGCACUUUUGAAGCCGCGCUCUUGGAGGUCCUCAACAACCACAAGUACCUUUGGAACGAUGCUCGCACAAAGGCAGUCCUGGCGAAGGUUGAUCACAAGAAACCUGAACCACAUGAUCCCCAAGAUCGAGUGGUGGAGAGCCAGGACAAGCCUUCCACCCCAAGCCGCCGCCAGCGCAAGCGGCGCAACAAGAAGGGUGGUGCGGUCGACACCAAAGACAUCAAGCAGGUGAAGAAAGAUCAGUUCGAUAAGAAAAAGGACUCCAAGAUCGACAAAGACAAGCGGAUCCCCGAGUCCGAAUGGAAGCUCAUCUCUCAGGGGGGGGCGAAUGAAGAGCUUGCCGCUCGGACAGUCCUCUCUCGGCCGUUUUGGGGCUCAAUGGUAGUGCCGAUCGGGCCUGCAUUUUUGGAAGUUUUUGCUGGUGAAGCCGGGCUCUCGCAAGCAAUCAGCGCGCGCGGCAUGCAGAUCUUGCCACCCAUUGAGAUCAACACGAACCAGUUCGUACAAAUCUCUGUGGACAUUUUGGAGCCACAAGUUCAGCAGCACGUUAUCAAGCUGAUUAGGGCCAAGGUGAUCGUUUUUAUUCAUUUUGGCACACUUUGCUCUUCCUUCAGCAUUGCUCGGAAGGCUGAUGGGGGUCCACCGCCCCUACGCAAUCGCAUGCAUUUGUGGGGGCUCCCUGGUCUUGCUCCACGCGACCAGGCCAAACUGCAGUUGGGCCAUGAGUUCAUGCACCUCACUGUGCGGUGGGUGCGAUUGCUCCACGCAAGUGGUCUCGGCUGGUCGGUUGAGAACCCUGCCAGCUCCUUUCUUUGGGAAAUGCCACCUAUGGUCGAGUUGGCGGCUCUGCCCACGGCCAAGAUGUUCAGGCUCGACAUGUGCCGGUUUGCCUCCCCCCACAAGAAGCCGACAGCGGUGCUCUCCAACGUCGACCUACGGGAACUGGCUCUGCUUUGUGAUCAAGCUGAGCGGCCACAUUCUCAUGAGCCACUGGUCGGCACAGUGCUCUACGAGGGCCAGAAGGUCUUCAAGACGCGUUUAGCGCAGGUAUACCCAUCCGCUCUGUGCAGCACUUGGGCACAGGCGAUCGCCGCAACAGGCAUGGAUCCUUUGGCGGCUACAUUCCAGAUGGUCACCCCUGCUGCUGAGCGCAAACGCCCGGUGGGCCAAGAAGUUCCAUGGAAGAUUCACAAGCAAAGGAUCACAGCUGAAAAAGCCAACUCGGCGGGCUACCAACUGAAGCGAUCGGCAUUGCCGCCGAUCUUAGCCACCGAGAUGGAACCGGGUCGAGCAGUGCAGGCGGCUCUGCACGUGAUUCACCCGUUCACAAUGGAUCCUGCCCUUGACCCCGACCUUCAAGAAGUUCUCAAUUUGGUGUCAUCGCAGCCACAGUUCGUGCUUGGGCAUCGUGCAGGAGCUCUCCGGUUUUGGGAAGCUCGAGCUCACGAGCUGCUCCCCGUCACUGAUCAGUGGUUGCGACAGGUCAGUGAUCCUCACCUGCGGCGCCUUCUUCGCGGUCAACCUGACGGGCAGCCCUUAGUUUUGGGCCAAUGCACCCAUGUGGCGCUCUGGCAAGAAAUGCUGACUGCCGCUCGCUGCAUCGACACGCAGCUGCCGGCGGCAUUGCUCCACGGUUUUUCGAUCGUGGGUGCCAUUCAGCGCAGUCACAGGUGGCCUGCUCUUCCUGUUCAUGACGACGGGAUCUCCGUCCAUGAGUUGUCGGACAGGGCCUGGGAAUUUUUCAACAAGGUAGUCCGCAAUGUCAAGAAAUGUGAGGUCACGGAGAACACCGAAAAGAUCUGGGCAGCCACUAUGGAAGACGUUGAGGAAGGGGUCACAGUCGGCCCGAUGUUCUCCAGGGAUGAGGUCAGUGCAUUUUUGGGCACUGAGCAAUGGAUCCCCACACAGAGAUUUGAAGUGGUUCAAAAGAAUAAAGUUCGUGGUGUGGACAGCGCCACGGUCAAUGGCGUCAACAUGGCCACUACGAUCACAGAGAAGAUCGAGCUUCCAUCAACAGAUGUCAACGUGGCUGCUCUUCGUUGGUUGCGUUCUCAUGUCGACAAGGACGAGAAGAUCGAAGGUUGGGUCCUGGAUGAACGAAAGGCUUACCGCCAGAUCGGUGUCAAGCCGGAUCACAGAAGGUGGAGUGUGAUAUCGCUCCGUGAGCCUUCCACUGGUAAGGUCUCCUUCUUCGUCAUGAUCGGUCACUCCUUCGGUCUGGUGUCGGCAGUCUAUAACUACAAUCGAAGAUCAGCCGCCAUCACGGACGUUCUGAGAAGAAUCUUUUUGGUGGCAGCUUUCAAUUUCUAUGAUGACAAGUACGGUUUCGAACCGUCAGCCACUUGCUCUUCUGCGUUUGAGGUCGCUCAAAAAGUUCAUCUUUGGUUGGGGGCGCAGUUCGACCCGAAGAAGUUGCAGCAGUGUCGCGACCCCACGAUCCUCGGUGUCACCUACGACCUCAACGAUAUGUUGCUGAAGAUCAAGCCGUCGCGGAAGUUGGAACUGGAAGAAGAGAUCUCUUCCAUCUUGGAAUGCCAGGUCUUUCCGCCGGGUCAGGCAGGGAAACUUCGCGGCAAGCUCAUGUUUGGCGCGUCACAGCUCUGGGGGAAGAUUGGGAGAGCUUUCCUGCGUUCGCUUUCUGAACGCCAAUACUCCAAGAUGAACCACACCAAGCUCAACAAGGCGCUGGUGAUCUCGCUGCAGCAAUGGUUGUGGUUGAUCAAGGAAGGACCACCACGGCCCAUUGAGUUCGCCAAGCCAAGAACGCCGGACUUUGUGAUCUUCACUGACGGCAGCUUCCCAGAUGGUUCUAAGGGAUCCCCCACUUUACCGUGGAUCGGGGGCGUUCUUUUUCAGAAAGGUGCUCAGCCAUUGCAGUUUGGAGCGGCUGUCGAGUUCUCCCUCAUUGAGAAGUGGAUUCCGAGGAAGUCGCAGAUCGCGAUGGUGGAGCUCUUUGCUACGGUGGUCGCUCUGCGCACGUUUUCUGAGAGGCCUCAGAUCCAGAGGCAUCUCAUCCAGGGUCUGUCAUUUCAUCUGGUGGAUCGACCAGCAGACAGAACCAUGCGAUUGAUCAACUCCCCGUUCUACCCACGUCUAUGCAGCAUUCUCUACGCGCGAUGUGGCUCUGCGCUGGAUCUUCGCGCUGUGCUCGCUACUGCGCUGGCGCUGCAGCUCGGGAUCUUGGUGCCAGAGCUCUUUGAUGGUUGCCGAAAUCGCAAGUGGAUCUCUGAGAGCAGCAUGAGAGGUGCUUCUCGUCAACGGCUUCGAGCUAGCCAUACUGGGCUGGCAGUGGGAGUUUUGGCCACCGGCUGUGCCUUCAGUGCUGCUACCUCUUCGCAUGCCUUGCGUUCCGUCAGCGCUUACUCUGCGAGGGGCGCACCCCGCUGGGAACCUUUACCAAGGUAUGGUGGUUGCAGUGGCGCCUUGCUAGCCGUUGCAGGCACGCCAGUACUCAGUAUGUUCAGGUCCAGGUUCAGUCAGGCAAGGCGUUGCGCCAAGAAAGAAGUCGAGGAAGGAGGAUUCUCCUUAGAACCCCCAAGUGGCACUCGCGACUUCUUUCCAGAGGACAUGCGGAUGCAAAGGUGGCUCUUCGAUCGGUUUCGGGAGACUGCACAGCUGUACGGUUUUCAAGAGUAUGACGCCCCAGUGUUGGAGAGCGAAGAGCUCUACAAACGCAAGGCAGGGGAAGAGAUCACGGAACAGAUGUACAAUUUCCGAGAUAAGGAAGGUGCGGCUGUAACCUUGCGGCCCGAAAUGACACCUUCAUUGGCACGCAUGGUUCUGUCGUUGAUGCGAGCAGAAACAGGCGCUAUUGCGGCAGUGUUGCCGUUGAAGUGGUACUCCAUCCCACAAUGCUGGCGAUUUGAAACAACACAGAGAGGCAGGAAGCGAGAACAUUACCAGUGGAACAUGGACAUUGUGGGUGUGUCCGAGGUCACUGCUGAGGCGGAAUUGCUCUCGGCAGUGGUCUCCUUCUUUGAGAGCGUUGGGAUCACAUCCAAAGAUGUGGGGCUGAAAAUCAACUCGCGGAAGGUCUUGGCAGCGGUGCUCAAUGCCGCAGGAGUGCCUUCUGACAAGUUUGCAGAAACCUGCGUCAUCAUCGACAAAUUGGACAAGAUUGGUGCCGAUGCUGUGAAGAAAGACCUGGCCAAGUUGGUAGGCCUCUCUGCAGAGGUUUCAGAUACCAUCGUGGCCGCCACGGGAGCCAAGACCCUGGAGGAGUUCGCGGACAUCGCUGGGGUCGGCGAGAGUUCAGAGGUUGAAGAGCUGCGCAGACUUUUUGCACUGGCGGAGGAUUAUGGCUUUGCAGAUUGGUUGCAGUUCGAUGCAUCUGUGGUGCGUGGUCUGGCUUACUACACCGGCGUGGUCUUUGAAGGCUUCGACCGUGCCGGUGUGCUUCGUGCUGUCUGCGGUGGUGGGCGCUAUGACAAACUGCUGGAGCUGUACGGAUCCAAAAAGGAAGUGCCCUGUGUGGGCUUUGGGUUUGGAGACUGCGUCGUUAUGGAACUCUUGAAGGAAAGAAAAGUGCUUCCUGACUUGGGGGCAAAUGUGGACAUGGUGGUGGCCGCAUACAAUGCCGACAUGAUGGGCAAGGCCAUGAACGUUGCGCGACGCCUGCGGCUGACGGGCAAAAGCGUGGAUGUCUAUCCGGAGCCCGGGCGGAAGGUCAAGAAAGCUUUCCGCUACGCCGACAAGGUGGGCGCCGCCAAAAUUGCCUUCGUGGCGCCGAAUGAAUGGGAGAAAGGUGAGGUGCGCAUUAAGGAUCUGCGAUGCGCUGUCGACACGCCAGAUGAGAAGAAGCAAUGCGACAUCCCCUUGGAGAAAUUGGCUGAACUGGACACCAAGAUCCUCGCCAGCUCUCAAAGUGGCUUUGGUUUCAAGCAAUUGGAGGAUCCCAAAUGGCUCUAUGUGGUCGGCAGAGUGAACUCUGGAAAGUCGACCUUUGUGAAUCGCUUUCUGUGGUACAUUGGCUACAGGCACCAGGGAGCAGUGCAUUACAAGAGAGCCGUCGGCGGUGUGACCCGUUCACCAGUGCCUGGCACGACAUUGCACUUUGUCUCUUUCGGAUUGCCAAAGGGCUUCCGUCUUGUAGACACACCUGGCAUCCCGUCAAGACACCAGGUCACAUCAAAGCUGCAGGAAGCUAUCGAUCUUUAUGCAGUCGUUCCCCGGCGGCGAAUCAACGCCAUUUCCUAUGCACUUCACACAGGACGAUCUUUCUUAGCUGGUGCGCUUGUGCGGAUUGACCAGGUAGAGGGGAACAUCAGCUUUCUGUCCUCCUUUUUUGGCCUUGGAGUCACAUUACACAUGUGCCAAACUUGCAAAGUCGAGGACCUGCUGAGAAGGAAAGCUGGGCACUUCUUUUAUCCACCUCACAGUCAAGAAGACUGCGAGAAAGUGGGCCCGCUUGUGCGACAUCGAGUCGAGGUUUUUGGUAGCAGUGAUCGUGCCUGGGAUGACAUCGUUGUUGCGGGCAUGGGUUGGGUGUCCAUCAGUGGCUAUGGAACGAAGGUGCUGGAUGUUUGGGUCCCAAAAGGAGUGAAAGUGUUCCGAAGACCGGCCUUGAUGCCUCGAGAGAUGAGAAAUCGAGGAAUCACCAGGUUCCAUGUAAAUCACCGCGCUCGAAGUCCUAAAGUUUUCCGCAGAAAGAAGGCGAUCGUCCAGGCUCGCAGAGACAAAGAGCUCCGCGAUAAAUUGAGAGAAGACCAGGCUGGCGAAUCCCACAUAUUCCACGAUGUUCCUAUAUUUCAUAUUUCAUUUAUCUUUGGAAUAUUUUGUAAUCUAUCUUUGUAA